AUGGUUUCCAAAAUCCCAGAUGAAACUUCAUCCAAUAACCAAAAAAAUCCUAUAAAAACAACACCAAGCAAAAUUGCAACAAUCUUUGAUGUUGUUAACGCGUUUUUGGAGUUCUUCACCAUUGAUUUUUCGAUUCCAAACAACCAAAUUUCAUUUUUCGAUGCAUUUUUACCACUAUUUAACUCAUUAAUCGACGUUGUUACAAAAUCUAAUCAAUUUUCUAGCAAUGAACUUGAAUCUUGCUGGAUGUUUUUUCAAAAUGAAUUUAGGAAAGCUUCUCACUCUUUACUAUCAUUGAAUCUGAAAGAUACUGUUCUAGAGUUAAUCAAUAAGUCUAAACAAAUACAAGUAUUCGGUCUUUUUAGUGAAAUUUUAACAAAAUUAUUUCAUAAAUACGAAGCUGCAGCCCAAUUCAUCGAUUACCAAGGAAAAUCUGCCGUUUGCUUUGGAGUUUACCAAGAUUGUACUUCAUUACGCCAAGAAUUUUUCAAACAAAUUGAAAAUUCCCAAAAAAAGUCUUGGCAAGACAUUAUUCCUAAUGACAUCUACAUUUUAAUGAAAUACAUCGAAGAAUCAAUGCUUUUCUACUGCAAAAUCUCCAGAUUGAAAGAGUUAGUAAUAGAUGUAUCUUCGCAAAAAGAUUUUGUGGCAAAUACAUUGAAAACAAACGUUGAUUCAAAGAAAUUCUUUGAGAACAUGACAAGAGUCAUCAAUAUAAUACUUAGAAGCAUGUUUUUAUCUCAAUUAUCUGAUAAUGAUAUAAAUAUUUUUUUAAAUUUGUUUUCUGAAAUCAACAAGAUAACUAUUUUGUCCAAGACACAAAUUUAUUACUCACUUUUUGAGAAUUGGUCGGAAUUUUCAAAAAAUUUGAAACAAAUUUUGAAAAUUUCACCAACAAAUGAAGAAGAAAAAGCAUUUAACAGUCUCCAAGAAGAAAUCAAAAAGAAUGGAUUCGGUAUCCCACAAAUAACAUUUUAUUUAAUUGAUAUCGAAACCAAAUAUUCAGAAAUCAAAAAAUCUCCACAAAAUUAUUUAUUUUCUUUGAAUCUUUUUACUGUUUUAUCACAAAUUGUAGGCUUAUCCGAAUCAAUGAACCUCAGAAAUGCUGUUUUGAACUUCAGGAACUUCAUUACGAAAAGAAUUUAUUGUUUAUCUUGUUUUAAGAUUUUGGAAAAUUCUUUUGAAUUAAUUAAACUUCAUUUUGACAAGGAAAGUUCGAAAACAUAUCAGUUUGGUCGUGCAUUGACUAAUGCUUAUGAACAGAUACAAAUAUUAGGUAUGAAAACGAAUCCUCAGUACGAACACCAUAUUUCUCGUUAUAAAUGUUAUUUGACGUCAAUCAAAGCAAUUUCUAAAAUUGAUGGAUAUGAAAAACAACUUUCUGAAUUGUUGAAAUGGCAUCCAAAAGCAGAUAUCGUUGAGAAAUACUUUAUUCCAAUAGAAACAGUUGAAAAACAUCUAAGUGAAAUGGAAAUGAUUUCGAAAAAAUCUCCUUUAAAUGGUCAGAUUGAAAAAUUGCAGAAAUUUCAAAUUGGAACACAAAAUUACUCAGAAAAAAUGUCUUUGAUAUUCGAGUCAUUGUUGUCUAAUUCAAUGAUAAGGAAAGAUAUUUCUGACUGUUAUUUAGGAUUGGAAGAAUUUUUGAAUACAGUCAAACUUUUGGAUUCGAAAAAUGAUUUAAUCAUCAGAGAAAAAGCAGAAGGAAUUACGCCGCAAGUUGAAUUGAUUGAUACAGGAAUUUCUCUUGUGAAAAAUUCUAAUUUGUCUAGAGAAGAAAAGGCAGAAUUGGUCAUCGCAUUGGCAAAUUUGAAUUUAUAUACAAUGUAUAAAAAUUUUGAUGAAAAUGAAGUCAAAAAAUUGACAGAAAACGUACUUUUGACAUUAAAAGUGCCAUACAACACUGAUGUCGUAAGAAGUAUCUUUUCUUUAAUGAACUAUUUAGAUUUAUUGAAUGAAAGGAAUCCUUUGGAUUUUUAUGAUGAAUUUUAUCAAUUUUUCACUUCACUUUUGGUCGGCCAAUUUCCAGAAUUCGAGACAAUUGAACAAAAAAUUGCUCUUUUUGUUACGAAAGUUGAGAGUGAUUCUCUUGAUUUUGAAUUAGAAGAAAUCAAAAAUUAUAUUUCUAAUCAAAAAUCGUUUAUUUUUAUUUGUCAAAAAUUGAUUGAACCAAAUCCAAGAAAUAUAAUGCGAUAUUGCUUUGAUUUCUCUAUUUUCCAGUAUAUUUCGAAAGAGCUGAAAUUCCUAUUAGAAUAUAAUUUAAUUUGCAAUGACAAGAAAAUUGGAAUAACUCUUUUAUUGUCAGAGAUUGAUUCAAUGAUGAAAUGCAAUUUAAAGAAUUUUAUAAAUGAUUUUGAAGCACACAAAAUCCCAGAAAUUUUGUUGUCGAAGUUAGAUAGUUUAUGGCCGUUUGUUAACUUCAAAAAACUUUAUUUAUCUUUCUCUUCUCAGUUAGAAAUUUUGUUUUCUUUAAUUUCAAGUUCAAAUUUCUUGAAAUCAAUUGAUUUCAAUGAAAAAUUGACAAAAAGUGACAAGUUAUUGAAAGAAUUUUCUUUUAUUCAAAACAAAUUAACGCUUUAUGAUAUUCAUGGUAUAAUAAGUGAUAUUCCACAAAUGGUUUUAGACAAAUUAACGAAGAAUCGUCAAUACAGAAAUUCAUUUGAAGUUGUCAUGUUUCGAAAGAAAAUUUCAGUUUUAAUUCAUUAUGUUUCAUCAGUUUUGUUCAUGAUGAAUGUUACUUUUUCGCAGAAUCCAGAGAUGUAUAACUUGAUUUUGAAUUUCAGACAUGUUGAAUUACAAAAUGAUUCUUCUUUGUUUAAAAACAAAAAUAAUUUUUAUCUUUUUAGUUUGGCUGAUGAAAUUUCACAGUAUGACGUUUCUCGAAUUCAUUUCGAAGAAUCACAAAAUGUGAACAAACAAAUAAAAGAAGAAAUCAAUCAAAUGAAAUCAAAGAUUGAUCAUUUUGAAGAGAAUAAACAAAAUAAAAUCAAUUUUGAAGCAGAAAGACUCAAAGAAUUUGAAAAAGAACUAGAAAUUGCUAAAACAAAUAAACAAAAAGCAACAGAAAACACAUUAUCUCUUAAGAUGAAGAAAAAUCAACUUAAAGAUGAAUUGAUUUCAUUUAUUUCUUCUAAAAGAGAAAUGAACAAAUCAGAAAACAAAAUGUCAGCAGCUCUUUCUCUUUUGGUUGAUGAUGACAUUUCUCAAACAGAAGAUUAUAAUUCUUUUGAUGAUUUGUUGAUCGAAAAUCUCAAAACAAAUUUGAGAUUGAAGAAGACAAUCGAAUUAAUGAAAUAUCCUAAGAUCAAACCUUUGUUCAAUGCUAAAGAGUUUUAUGAACUUAUUGAUAAGUUCAAAAUUACGAACAACAAAGAAACAGAAUCAUUUGAAGUUAUUUCUAAACAUCAAAACAAUAAAGUUUCAUUGUUGAGGAAUUUGAGUAACUUGAAUGAAGAAAGGGAUCUUUUGUUCAGACAAGUUGUUUCUGAAAACAAAAAUCCAACUGAGAAAAGAACAUUCCAGACAGAAGAUUAUUACCGAAUGAUGGUUGCUCUUAGUAAGACAGAAAUCAACGAAGAAACACCGAAGAAAUCACAGAAAGACUUCUUCAUCGAAUUUGCAGAGACAUCAGAUGCAUUUCUUCUUGAAAUCAACGAAGAAAUCAAAAGUUUGGAAGAUGAAAUCAGCUCUUUAGAGGGAAACACACAAACUGAAUCAGGACACAAAGAUAUUAAUCUUCUUAAAGAAAAGAUCCUCAACUUUUCAGAAUUAAAGUGA